UCCAAAACUAACACCUUCCUUUAGAUGCUUACAAGUUACAAUUGCAAGUUUGCAACCCCAACCCCUGCAUUUGCCUGCGCCGGCGAUUCACACAACAGAGACACGAAAUAGCCGGGACCCAAUUCUUACUGCCCACCGCACUGAUCACCGGUAACCUCUGUAUCUCUCUAUCUACUUGAAUUUCAUUCGCUGAAUGCUGAAAUGUAUGCAAUUUCCCCAUUUUUUCGAUGUCUAAAAUCAGUUAAUCGCCACUAUAAUACCCCUUUUUAUUCCAUUAUAUCUCUUCAUUAUCAUGUAAGGUUGUUUAGUACUUCAAAUUCUACUCAAAUUAAUGAAACCCCAGAAAAUUUGAACCCAAUCUCUGCGAUUUCUGAGCUCAUAGCUAAGCAGCAUUGGAGGGAAUUGAAAAGAAUUUAUUUAAGUAAAACAAACCCUAAUGAAAUUCUGCAACAAUUGAUUGAUUUUAAAUCUGACCCACGAUUGAUUCUUCAAUAUUUCAAAUGGUUGGAGAUGGAUCAUGAAUACUGUGUUUCACAUGACACUGAGAUGUAUUUAGAGGUUUUUCAUAUGUUAGCUGGGGAGAAAUUAUAUGGGGAGAUUAGGAAAUUGUUGAAUGGGUUUGUGAAGAGAGGGGAGUACUCGAAUUCAGAGGUGUUUCAUAUUCUUUCGACGAAGUUUGCUGAUUUUUAUGGGAUUAAUUCGGUGAUUGUUGACAUGCUGGUUCAGACAUGUGUGAAGAAUUUGAAGGUGGGUUUGGCGGUUGAGGCGGUUAGAAGAGCUUGGGAUUAUGGGUUCAGGUUAUCUAUAUUAUCGUGUAAUCCAUUGUUAAGUGCUUUGGUUGAUGAAAGGGAGACAAAAGUUAUGGAGUACGUGUUUAAAGAGAUGAUUAGGAGGCGGAUUAAGCUUGAUAUUACGACUUUUAACACAGUCAUUAAUGGGUUUUGUAAAGUUGGUCAGCUGCAAAGGGCAAAUGAUCUUUUGGAGGAUAUCAAAUUAUGGGGUCUAUCUCCGUCGGUUGUCACUUAUAAUACUCUUAUUGAUGGGUAUUGCAAGAUGGCAAGGGUUGGAAGGAUGUAUAAAGCUGAUGCUUUUUUGAAAGAAAUGGUGUCAAUGGACAUCAGUCCGAAUGAGAUCACCUACAAUACUCUUAUUGACGGAUUCUGUAAGGAUCAAAACUUGCCCUCUGCUUUGAAGGUUUUUAAAGAAAUGAAGUGCCAAGGAUUGAAACCUAAUGUUGUCACAUAUAACACACUGAUUAGGGGGUUUUGUAGUGAUGGGAAAAUUGACGAAGCUUUAGAGAUAAGAGAUGAUAUGUCUCUUCAAGAUUUGAAGCCAAAUAUCAUAACGUAUAAUAUCCUCAUCAAUGGCUAUGCUAAAAAGGGAAUGUUCAAAGAAGCUAGGGAGCUGCUGGAAGAUGCUGAUAGAAUUGGUGUAAUUCCUAGUGCUGUAACUUUCAAUACUUUGAUCGAUGCUUAUUGCAAGGCUGGGAUGAUGGAUGAAGCUGUUGCAUUGCUGAAUUUAAUGUUGGAGCGGAACAUUACCCCAAAUGUCUCUACUUAUAAUUGCUUGAUUGGUGGCUUUUAUAAAAACGAGGAUUUUGGAGCGGCUGAUGAUAUCUUAAAAGAAAUGAAAAGUGUUGGGCUCCAAGCUGAUACCGUGACAUAUAACAUAAGGAUUGGUGCUCUUUGCCAGAAAGGCAACACAAGAAAUGCAGCUAAGCUACUGGAUCAAAUGUUAGAGAUGGGUUUGACUCCAACUCAUGUGACAUAUAAUACCUUAAUUGAUGGCUACUGUACUAAAGGAAAUCUCAGGGAUGCCAUGAAUAUGAGAUUAAGAAUGGAUAAAGCUGGUAAGCGAGCAAAUGUUGUGACAUAUAAUGUCUUGAUAAAGGGUCUUUGUAGCAAAGGCAAGCUGCAAGAAGCAAACAAGCUUCUUAAUGAGAUGUUGGAGAAGGGUUUAGUCCCUAACCGGAUCACCUAUGAUAUAAUUAAGGAGGAAAUGAUGGAGAAAGGAUUUUCUCCUGAUAUUGAUGGACACCUUUAUAACCAAUCUUCUGUGUCUUAAUUGGGCAAGGGGGUUAUUGCUUGAGUGUUUUCAUAUCACUAUUUUGUUAGCAGUUGACGGUAUUAGAUGCUACUUGCUAAACCUUGGCUGCCGAGUUUCCCUAUUGAACAGAAACUCACCCGUUGUCAGUGGGGCAAAGAAGAAGAAGAUUACAUGGGCCCCACAGCCCCCACCAUCUUGUUAUCGGACCCUGGAUUAUGUCACUGACUUUUAGGUUCUGUUAUCACUCUCUUGGUUGGCAGGCUGGCAGCAAGAAGCUGAUGCAUGAAAAUUUUGCUAUUUAACAGACGGGUUCUUAACCUGGAGAUCAAUCCUCUUAUCGUACUUGGUUACAGAGGUUUGGUGAAGCACAAUCAACUGGAUCAAGUCUUCAUACCCAGAGUAGUGUUCCAAUAGGGAUGACCGAGCUUGUUAAAAAUACUCAAUUAGGGCUGAGGACUGCUUAAAUGCUGACGGUUUAUUAGUUAGAACGGUUAGAAGUAUUAUCUUGCACCUUUACAUCCGUAAGUUUGUCAGGUCAAGUCAUGAAGUAUGAAGAUAAGAUUUCAUCAGCCAUGGAGGAAAACCUCAUUGUCGUGAAGUCUUCAUCUGUGGUACUACUAGAUGCAUGUAUGAGUUCCCAUCAUGACAUCAAUGAUAUUCAGACCCUCAUCACCUUUGAAUAUGAUAUGGAGUGUAUUGUACAGCAAGCAAAACACUAUUGGUCAGAAAUGAGAAUUUAGUAAACCUCAAAUUUGGUAUCUAUAUCAAGUAUUCGCCAAGCCCUAGCUACUACAUUGAACAUAUUGUAAUAGCUAGAGCUUGGUGAUGGCUUGGCAAGUCAUUCAAAUGUGCCGCAUUUUAGCUACCUUGUAUCUCAAAUAAGAAGUUGCCUCAUUUGUUGGUUGAUUUAAGGUAAUUAGAAUAUUUGUGUUUUUGGGAAUUUGGGAUGUAACUCAUGCAAUUCAUUAAAAGUUGAUUGAAAUAUUACCUUGUUGA